AUUCCACUGAUUAGUUCAAAAGUAUCCAACGACAUGGUCAUUUCUUACACAAUAAUGUUGGUGAACGGUGCACUGCUGAUGCUCUUCUUGAGCACAGCCACGACGGAAAUAUUGAAUGAAUCGAGGAGUGCAAGACCGCUACCUUCCAACUGUGUCGAGGCGGUGUGCUCUGCGGGCUCAAAGGCCAAAAGCGGUAUAUAUCAAAUACGCUUACCGUUAGAAGGUUGGGAGCAUCGACCCUUCUACGUUUACUGUUUACUCGAUGGGAAUGGCGGUGAUCCUUGGUUGUUAGUGCAGCGUCGACAGGAUAAAUAUCUGGACUUCAAUCGCAACUGGAAUGAUUACAAGAUUGGCUUCGGAAACUUGGGCACAAAUUUCUUCAUUGGUCUGGACAAAUUGCAUGCGCUCACACAAGUGCAACUAAAUGAGUUACAAAUCGAAUUGCGUGACUUCAACGAUACCGUUAAGUACGCCAACUACGAUAGCUUCGCUGUUGGUAACGAGAGUGAAAAAUAUGAAUUGAAUGUUUUGGGACCAUAUUCAGGUGGGCAUGCAGGCGAUGCCUUGCUUCGCCAUCACAGUGGACAAAAGUUCAGCACAUACGAUCAGGACAACGACCAUUGGACUAGUAAUUGUGCGGAGAGAUACAAAGGGGCCUGGUGGUACAACUCGUGUCAGGAGAGUAGCCUAAACGGCCAAUAUCUUAAUGGCACUCACAAAGUAGAAUGGAUGAGCAUCAUCUGGAAUUCAGAUCGCGGUAACAAUUAUUCAUUGAAAUAUUCCCACAUGGGUAUAAGACCAAAAGAUAGUGCGCAAAUGCGGUCACAAAGAUGUUGACAGGAGAAAGAGGACCAGUCCAAAAGUCGUAACACCUGGAACAUUCAAAAGCAAUGAAAAGAAAUAACUAAUAUCUAAAUACUAUAUUAUUCUGUACUAAUUUGUAUCUUUCAGAUGAUUCAAAAAUAAAUAAAAAACUCAAUAAAAUAAAUAAAAUCAA